GAGAGCAAGCCAUCGUCAACCACUGUGACUGCUGCCACAUGUGGGCGGCCGCCACACAGGACUGUGCUGCCUAUAAACGUAGAUUCGGACAUUUCCUGCCGGAGUUUACCAUCGCAUCUGCCCAGAUACUUUGUCAAUGCCGUCGUUCCAGCGAUUUUUCCGCCGUAGGGCAAUAUUUAAGGGUGGAGGGAUGUGGGAACCCUCGGGUCCCAUGACCGCCGCACGCGCAGCGAACGUCGUUGCAGACGCAUGCGCGCCAGGGAGAGGGGAAACUUUCCUUCCGCGGGUGGCGCACGGGAAUCGCAAGCGCAAUCAGCACCACCGGGUGAGUCACGUGAGAUCCCGCUGACAUCGCCCGAGUCUCUUGCCUACCUUGGGUCUCCAGCAAGCAGCGAUGGCGGAAGUCUCUGCUGCCGCUCCCGUAUUCCUGCACGUGGUUAGUCAACUGCAUUUUUGCCGCGGCAAUGGCCGCGGCCGCCCGUAUUCCCCAGUGUGUAAGUCGGAAGCCCUUCUUUACCUAGUGUAUUAUUCUCUUCGAGGGAACCCUCAGCGAUGUCAACUAUUGACCCUUUUCGUGGAGCAGUUUGUUUUAGAGAAACGAGAUGGCGCUCACGGCGGUGCGCCAUACCUCUCCUCAGCGACCGCGCACGAAUACGAAACCAUUACCGCUUGCACCUUGCUUCUGUGCGAUCAGCUGUCGGAAAUGCAACUGAGUUUUCGCUAACACACUGUGCUCCAAUCAUGCUAGAUUGAAUCAUGUGGAUUGAAGACGUGUGCAGUAGUUGGCUGCAAAAAUAGUGACUGGCAUGUUAAGGAAUAGAAUGAAUCUGUGUGGCCAAGUUCGCGGACCGCUGCUGCAACUGUGUUACCGGCACUUCGUGAUGUACAGCUUUCCUCGAGGAUACAGAAAUUUGCUCAUCCGCCAGCCUUGUAUCGCUAACCUUCAAAGAAAGGGCUUCAUCCCCAGAACGUCGGCAAGAGUGAGUACCACUCGUUAAACACAGGGAGUAGCGCCGCUUCCUGUCAUACUAAGUUUCGCGCACAUUAUCUCUACACAUAUGUCCCAAAUGGCAGGAAAACUUACGCCCGCUCUAUCGCCGACGUAUCAGGAAUAAGUGAAUGGGCGCACACUUGAAUAUAUGCGCACUGUAUACGCACAAUAAAUGACAGACUACACCUAUGGCGCACGAAUGGUCGAAGCUGAAUGUUUCGUGACGGUCCACAAGAGUAAGCGAGUUACUAGCUGUAAUAUACAUUUGCUACAAGGUAUUAAAAUGUACAAAACAGCUAUGUUUCGUGUCGUCCAUCAAAGCUUCGUGUCGUCCACCUAGUCACCGUCUACGAUAUCUCCGAAAAGAGAGGUUUUCUAAGCCGCGCCGGCGUCAUACACUUCCAUUGUAAACAAGGAGGCAACGGAGGCAGUUGAGGCAAGCAAUGGACGCGUCACCACGUGAUCAAACAUCGCAGCGCCCACGGGAUCGCCGCGAAAAGGGUCAGUACAUGGGUUGCACGUGACGUCAGUUCCGGCUUACAGAGCGAGCGAGCGCCAUAUUUAAGAACACGACGUCGGGCUACAGUCGGGCUGCCGCGUGCUGCGCGUGCUGCUUAACGUGCACGCGCUUUGCCCUUCGUACUUUGAAGAGCUCGUGGGACCUGACCCAGGGUGCGUUACCGAGCGAAAAUUGAAAUGUGCGAUGGCAUCGACCCCUACGAACUGCGCAUCGAUGAGGACGCUGCACCAAACAUCGAUCUGCUGCCUGCCGUGACACACGGCGACAUCGUAAAUUAUUUGGUGCUUUCAACAAGCCACGUCACUCUGCAGCAGAUGAAGGCCUACAAAUCACUGGACGGCCACAACUACUUCACCAGCGGAUGGGUAAAGAGCAUAGCAGCAAAGCAGCUUGCAUCACAGCAUGUCAUUGUUCUAAGCGAGGUUAGUUGACGCUUUUUCAUGUUACGGCCGAAGUAAAUGUGCAUUUUUCCAACGUCGGGCUGCAGUUGUGCUCGUUUGUUUUCCUUUUGUGCGCUACGGUUUUGUUGCUUACGUUGGCCGCACGCGGCAACAAUAGAAAUGAUCCAGUUGUCAGAAAAAAAAAAGCAUAAAUUGUGAGGAUAUGACCAGCGAAAUAUCGGCAACCUUAAUUGAAAGCUAGAGCUGAACGCUCAUUUAUGGAGGCUACUUCUGAGCUUGCCUGAAACUUGUAAUGCACAAGUCAAAUCAAAAUCAUCUAGCUCCUGUAACAUUUUAAGUUAGUGUGUUGAUAAGGCAGCAUGAAACCACACAGCCAGCUCUGUUGUUGUAUUCAGCAAAUCUAAGCUGUCAUUUGCAAAACAGUACUUAUUGAGAUUUCAAUCAACCUUUCAGGUCAACCACUCCCAGCGCCUACGAGAGUCACCGCUGAAAGUGUGAAUUUUGGCCAGAACAGAUGGCACUGUUACUACAGCUCAUUGCACUUGCAUGGCAGGUGCGGGUGAAGCGUGUUCGCACGUUGCCGCGACACUUUUCGCCAUUGAAACUGCUGUAAGGCUGAGGGACUCUGUGACUUGCACAGAAAAGAAAAAUCAAUGGCUACCACCCCAUAUCCGAAAUGCCGAAUUCAAGAGGCUAAGGGAGAUUGACUUCUCAUUAGCGAAAAUGAAGAAGAAGAAAAUGGACAGCAAUACAACCAGCAGUUAUGCUGAAGAAGCCCCAUCUCCACAACCAAUCCCAGCUCCAACGAAGGCAGAGAUUGAGCAGUGUUUUGCAGCGAUAGCAAAAGCAGGAACCAUGCCAGCGUUGUUCAUGCUACAUGAAGAACAUAGCGCACUUUAUGAGCCACCACAAGAGAAAGAACCCGUGAUCCUCCGCAACCUUACGUGUGAAGAGGCCACCUCCGAGGAUUUGUCUGCCCUGGUGUGCCGGGCUGAAGUGUUUUUAAAAGAAAUGGUAAUAACAGAAGAGAUGGUGCAGCAUGUGGAAGCCACAACAAGAGAGCAGUCCAAAUGUGCCAAGUGGUUUGCAUAUAGAGCAGGCCGGGUAACUGCUUCUGUUAUGAAGUGUGUGUGCAGCACAAGUCUGAGCCAGCCGGCAAUUAGUUUAUUGAAAAGAAUAUGUUACCCAGAGAACAACAAGUUUUCUUCUGCAGCGACAGAAUGGGGACGUAAGCAUGAUGGCACUGCCAUCUCCGCCUACCAGAAACAAGCAGCGCAACACCACACCAAUAUGACACUGAUAAGAGUUGGUGUUUGUUUAAGUACAAAGUAUCCCCACCUUGCUGCAUCCCCAGAUGCUUUUGUCAGCUGUUUGUGCUGUGGUGAAGGCAUUGUUGAGGUCAAAUGCCCCUACUCUCUGGCAGAGUCUGGGAUAGAAGCUGCGUUAGGAAGCAAAGGUUUCUGCCUGGAGACUAGUACAGACGGACUUCGCCUGAAGAGAACUCAUGGCUACUUUUAUCAGGUGCAGACACAACUGGCAAUGUGUUGUGCAAAGUAUUGUGACUUUGUUGUUUGGACACCUCUUUCAAUGCAUAUUGAAAGGAUAAUGGAAGACAAUGCAUUCUUUCAUGGAAUUGUGGGAUCUGCAACGCAGUAUUUCACACAUGUUGUCCUACCGGAGAUGUUUGCAGGGUAUUUCACCCGAGAAGAUGCACCGGAGGCUGGCACUAGCUCCCAAAAAUCUGUCUACUGUUACUGUCAAGGCCCAGAGACAGGGAGAAUGGUGGCAUGUGAUGGGGAACUCUGCCGAUACAAAUGGUUCCACUACACCUGCAUUGGACUAAAGCGAGCACCGAAGCAGAAACUCUGGUUUUGUGCAGAUUGCGAGCCACUAAGGAAAGCAUAGGAGAAUCGCAAAGGCAGGCGUUCAGGUUUUCAGUGGACAGAAACAAUUACGAGCACUAUCCAUUGAUUUGUCUCUCCACAUGAAUGUUCACCAUCUUGCCUAAAUUUAUAUGUUGCAUUGUACACAUCCGCACUGGGCUCAAGUGAGAAAGUGCUGCAUAUUACUUUGUGAUCACACAAGCUUGUAGCAUGUGUAAAGUAUGAGAGAUUAGAGAAAAAUGAUCUCUGGUAUGACAGAAAAAUUGAUGAUGAAAGCAAAAUAACAAGGCAUACAAAAAGCAAAAAUACGUUUAAUGCACAAUGAAAGCAUCAUAUAUACAGGAUAAAACUCUGUGUCACAAAAGAGAGAGCGCAUUCCAAGUGCUUGCCGCGUGUCACGCAAGCCAGCAAAAGAACACGCCAGCUCCACGGCAACUUCAACAGAGGGGGAGAGUGCAUACGUGGAGUGCUAGCUCAUUUGUCAGUCAACUGCAAAAAAAUAUCGGCUUUUAAUGCGCGCUUCAUUUAAUUUAUAUAUGUACUGCCAGCGAAUUGCAAUUGAAGUCUUUGAAGAAAGAAUAAAAACAUCACACUAGUCUCUGAACUGUCAUUAUUAGGUUGUGGCUUCAAGUACAUUUGUUUUUAUCACUCACAUCAUGUGACGCACAUCAAAGGAUUCGAAAGUGAUGUCAUUUGGAAGUCUAAUUUCUUCUGCACAUUUUUAUGUAAUUAAACAGUGCAAGUAAACAUGAAGAAAUAUUUUCUGCAUGCAGUCAAAAUGGCCAGAAUUACGGACACACUUCAAUGAAUGCAUGCAAGUACUGCCAUCUGCAAACUAACACGAAUGUUUUGCAAACUUAGCCACAUGAUUUUGGAUUAGGAGGAACGACAGACUGGCAGAAAUUAGUCAGUGCACAGCACACGACAGCAAUCUUGUCGAGUGGAGUGAACUGGUGUCCCGCUUUGCGAGUCGCAUACUCCAGUGGCAGGACUGACUUCAUUAUAACAUACUUGUU